UUUUACCUCUGCGUACAGAGAUAUGGGGACAUGUAGGGAUAGAAGGACAAAAGGAAGGCUUCAUCAUUUUGGUCGUCCUUUUGUCAAAUACUCAGGACCAACUGUUCACUUUGUGGAUGAGCAGUUUGACACAGGAAGAACCUUAGCCCAAAGAGUUGUGCCUGUUUUAGCCAAUGAUACGCCAGAGCAAUUGGCUGCAAGGGUUCUUCAUGAGGAGCACCAAGUUUAUGUUGAGGCAGUUGCUGCCUUGUGUGAGGACCGGAUAGUGUGGCGGGAAGAUGGUGUCCCACUUAUCAGAAGUCGUACAAACCCCAAUGCGUUUACCUAAUUCGUGACAUGUCUCCUGAACGCUACUGAAAUUUGUAGCCCUCUGCCAAGUGCCAUUUUCCCCCGGGGCUUGGAGUUAAUUCGUACUGUUAGUCUGACUGAGUGAAAUAACAUGUCUGAUAAGCAUAAUAUCUUCCCUGCACUUUGUUCUGCUCAUUGUGUGGUUUGGCUUUGAUGAUAGUCUGUUCCUCAGACAAAGUUUGUAGCGAGAUGAUAUAUCUAAGUAUCUUCCCUAAAGAUGUCAGUCUUUUUCUU